UAGAGGGGUCUGUUACUCAUGACAUGUCCAGCCUGGGCUCGGAGGCACUGCUAGCGGAUAUAGGUCUUCUAACAUGGACCAAAAGGAGGUUCUGAGCAGAUUCCUGGAAACAGUGCGAAGCAAAGAGGCUGAUUCUAGCGAGGUCUUUGCUAAUGAGUUCACAAGACUAAAAAGACAGUCGACCAAAUACAAAAAUGAAAACCCCUCAAAAGCAGCAGAGAAACAGGAAAAUUGCAAGAAGAAUAGAUACAAAGAUAUAGUGCCAUUUGACCACAGCAGAGUGAAGCUGUCGUUGAUAACAUCGGACACAGAUUCUGAUUUCAUCAAUGCAAGUUUUAUCAGGGGAGUGUAUGGGCAAAAGGCAUACAUUGCCACUCAGGGACCCCUGCCGAACACUGUCUUAGAUUUCUGGAGGAUGAUCUGGGAAUACAAUGUGCAAGUUAUUGUAAUGGCCUGCAGGGAGUUUGAAAUGGGAAGGAAAAAAUGUGAGCGUUACUGGGCAACCCUGGAAGAGGAGUCAUUUAAGUGUGCCGUUUUCUCCAUUUCAUGCGAAUCUGAGGAAAAUAAAGGCGAUUAUGUUGUUAGGAUACUUAAAGCAACCUUAUUUAAUGAAUGUCGUGCAAUUUAUCAACUCCACUAUGUUAACUGGCCAGACCAUGGAGUGCCCAGCUCCCUAGACCCAAUACUGGAGAUGAUCUUGGAAAUGCGUUCCUAUCAGGAACACGAUGACGUCCCACUGUGUAUCCACUGCAGUGCUGGCUGUGGCAGGACCGGAGUGAUAUGUGCCAUUGACUACACCUGGAAGCUGCUAAACAAUGGGAUUAUCCCAGAGAACUUCAGUGUCUUCGACUUGGUUCAGGAAAUGAGAACACAAAGGCCGUCCCUUGUCCAAACCAAGGAGCAGUACGAACUUGUUUACAUUUCAGUAAAGCACUUGUUCCAAAAACAUUUAGAGAACAUGGACAGAGAUUGCAAAUUGGAUGUGACUGAGAGUCUGUCUACACCUUUGGAUAUCUCAUCUGAAAGUGAGACACUAGCAAGCCAAGAAGCUAAUAUUGUGGAACCAGAGCAAGGUUACAGAUUUUCAGAUGAGGAAAGGCCAGAGAAAACUCUUAAUCAUUGUUUUGAUGUUGCACAAGAAAUUGCACCAUUGACUUCCUCUGCAUACCAGGUCAACACUCCCCCACAGAGCACCCAACAGAACUUCACCCCCGCGAGGCACACAGAGUCUUACUACCCUGAUGCAGAUAUACGGUGCAUUGCAGGCUUGUCUGAAAUUAGAAGGCAGCACCUGGCUAUGUUCAUCCACAACAAUAGCUGGGAGAUGAAUCAAGAGAAUCUCCUCAGCUUAGACUCAAACAAGACAGAGGACAGUUACCUGUCUUCAGGAUUAACAAACCCUAGAGGUGGGCCUGCUGGUAAGAUAACAGUGUGUAGGGUCAAAUCAAAUCCUUUUACUCAGGGCUAUCCAGCAGAGGAAUGCGAUCAGGGAAUGAUGGAGGCCUUGUGGGACCUUCGCCAGGAACACACAUCACGUUCCUUGAAUAACCUGAACCAGGACAGAGGGGUGCUGGACAGGCUGGAGGAUAUCAGCUUUGCUCACCCUUACUGGGAACCAGGUCUGGCAAACAAAGGGCACUGGAGUGAACCUGCGGAUCCCUUUCCCUUCCAUCCUGCUUCUCAGGACCAUGCUGGCUCCUGCUAUACUGUGGAGGAUCCUUACUUCUCUACAGAUAUUACUGAUUCCCUUGAUGGAUCUCAGGAUGUCCUCUGGGGGUCUAGUGGAAAUGCUAGUGAAUGGGGGAAGAGAGUCCUUGACCACUGGACCAAGAGCCCUAGUUACAACACCUCUUCAUCCCAAGUUUUAGCAGCUUCAGAUAACCACGCUGAUGAAGAAACUCCGCCACCCCUGCCAGAGCGAACUCCAGAGUCCUUUGUGUUGCCGAGCCAGUCUGAGCCUGCUUCUGCUACCCGGCUUCCUAUUCCUAUAAGCGCACAGGAGUCUAUUGAGGGUCCCCUGGACAAUGACUCUCACACUCCUCCACUCCCUGAAAGAUCUCUGAAGAAGUUGUUUGUGCUCACCAGCAAAGAGAAGUCUCCGUCUCCAUUGACUCCGCCUCUACCUGAAAGAACACCAGAGUCGUUUGUGCUGGCCAGUACUCUGAGCCCAGCCCCCCAGCCCCAGCCUUCCACAGACACGUUAAGAGUGAGAAUGUCUUCGGAAUGGUGCAGGAAUCCUCAACCAAAAACCUUUUUAGAACCAGAGAAAUCAAUGCACAGAAGCAAGAGUUUAAAAUUUGGAACUUCAAAACAGGAGUCUCCGUCUCCAUUGACUCCGCCUCUACCUGAAAGAACACCAGAGUCGUUUGUGCUGGCCAGUACUCUGAACCCAGCCCUCCAGCCCCAGCCUUCCACAGGCACGUUAAGAGUGGGAAUGUCUUUGGAAUGGUGCGGGAAUCCUCAACCAAAAACCUUUUUAGAACCAGAGAAAUCAAUGCACAGAAGCAAGAGUUUAAAAAUGAAAUGUUCAAAACUAGUGCCAUUUUCUGUUGCCCCUGUACCUACCCCUUCCAGCACAGCAUCUGAAUGGGUUCUCAGAGGGAAUGGUGAACAACUACCUGCAGCUAACGGACCCCCCGGCUCAGCCAUGGUGCCAGUGCAGCCAGAUGAGAAGUCAGGUGCAAAACUGUUACUGUCUGGCUUCGCAAGGUCUAAGAGCAUGAAGUUUCUAAAAAAUGUGAAAAAGACAAAGAAUGCAACUUCAGCAGUAAAUGCAAUCGAAUCUGCCCCAUCAAACCACACAAGCUCCAAGUUUAGCUUCGGGUUUGGCAAUCGUUUUUCCAAACCUAAAGGACCAAGGAAUCUCCCUGCAAGCUGAAUAUGAUGACCUUGUGAUAAUAAAUUCAACCUGGCUCGUUGUACAGGCCUGGCUUACAGGGCACACUUGUUGUUCAUGUAUUUAUUUGUAUUUUAUUUGUAUUGUUUUAUUGCUUUUGGUUAAGUUUGAGCCCAAUGAAUACAGAGGAUCUCUAAGCUCUUCUAUUUCUACAGCACAAUGUAAUGUCCUCCUGUCUCCUGCUCCAGGAUUUCCUGUAACAGAGGUGGAAUCAUUAGAGACCAUGGUGUGUGUGCCACCUGAGAAAAGACAAGACUUGCUUCACAUUGUCUUGCAAGUCUGCUGAUGGAAUUUAAAAAGUGACAACCAUUACUGAACAUAUAUUUGCUCAUAGGAAUACAGUAUUUACCUCAGUAAGGUCCGUUUUUAAGAUUAGGAUCUUUUAAGAUUAGGAUAUUUGUCAAUUAGUUUUUGGCAUGACUGUUUAGUGAUUUUUGACUAUUCUUCAACGCAAAAUUGUUAGAGUUCAUUCAAAUUCCAAGGACCUCUUGUGCUCAGCCUCCUUCAACUCAUAUCAAAGAUUCUCAAUCGGAUUUAGAUCGGCACUUUGACGAGGCCAUUCCAGAACCUUGAUUUUAUUGUUCUUUAACCAUUCUGAAGUAGAUUUAUUGUGUGCUUUGGAUCGUGUUGAAACAUCCAGUUGCUCUUUUAAAUCAAGUUUUGUAGUGGAGGGUUUCAAAUGAUUGGCCAAUAUCUUUUGUAUGUUAUGGAAUCCUUUUA